UGUUGGUUAUUAUUCCACCACAUCAUCAUUCUGGUUUAGAAGUGAUAAGUCGACCCCUGAAGACCUAACCACAGACCCAGGGUAUGCAGGUCGUGUGAAGUACUCUGACAAAGAGAGAUGGAGAUAUGAAGGUCCCUCCACCCUGAGAAUCACAGAUCUGAGAGAGGACGACUCAGCUGAGUAUCGCUUCACUUUUAAAGCAGACAACAUUGAAUGGGGUCAUAGUUUCCCAGGAACAACUCUGUCUGUCACAGGUAAUACUACACUGUAUGAUACAACUGUAAAUCAUAUUGAAUUACAGGAUAAAUAUAUUAACCAUCCUGUUAACACAGAGGUGUAUGUGGUUUUAUACAUAUUGUUUCAGGUCUGCAGGUGAAGGUGACUCCUGCUGCAGAGGGACAGAAGACACUGACCUGUAGCACCACCUGUACUCUGACUGACAACCCCACCUACAUCUGGUACAAGAACGGACAGAAUGUACAAGGUGUCUCCUCCCCCAUGUACUCCAUCCGCAGUGAGGAUGCAGACAGCUACUUCUGUGCUGUAAAAGGCCGUCUCAGCUCUCCUGCAGUGUAUAAACCAAAGACCUCAGUGUCAGUCAGUCCCUCUGGUGAAAUAGUGGAGGGCAGUUCAGUGACUCUGACCUGCAGCAGUGAUGCCAACCCACCUGUCCAGAGUUACACCUGGUGGUACAAGAAGAAUGGAGGUGACUGUCAGAGUAUGACAGGACCACAGCAUGUCUUCAGUCACAUCCAGUCAUCUGACAGUGGAGAGUACUACUGUGAGUCCCAGAAUGAGAUGGGGACAGACAGGUCUGGGACCAUCAACAUGGAUGUGAAAUAUAAACCAAAGAACCCCUCAGUGUCAGUCAGUCCCUCUGGUGAAAUAGUGGAGGGCAGUUCAGUGACUCUGACCUGCAGCAGUGAUGCCAACCCACCUGUGGACAAAUACACCUGGUACAAGAAGAACGUAACCUCACCAAAAGCAUCAGGACAGAGUUACAGCAUCACUUACAUCAUCUCUGAGGACAGAGGAGAAUAUUACUGUGAGGCUGAGAAUAAAUAUGGACGACUCAACUCUUCUUCUGUGUUUGUGGACGUUCAGUAUGGCCCAAAGAACACCUCAGUGUCAGUCAGUCCCUCUGGUGAAAUAGUGGAGGGCAGUUCAGUGACUCUGACCUGCAGCAGUGAUGCCAACCCACCUGUGGACAAAUACACCUGGUACUUUCAAAAUGAGACUUUUCUAAAUGGAUGUGGACAGAUGUACAACAUCAGUAACUUCAAGUCAGUGGACAGUGGACAUUACCACUGUGAGGCCUGGAAUAGAAGAGGAUCUAGGAACUCUACAGCUCUGAUGAUCAUUUUACCAGAUUAG